AUGUUGCCUGCCCCAAAUCGACUUGCUGCCUCUAUAAAUGGGUUAGUCUCGGGGUUGGCGAAACAGUCUCUUCGUUUUACCCAACAAUGGGCAGAAAGAAAGAUAUCCAUAGAUGAAAUAAAGAAAGAACGCGCUACACUGAACGCAAAACUAAAGAGGACCGAGAAUAGGACGCUACAGGAAAAGUGGGGUAGUUGCCAGGAAACAAUUGGUAAAGGUGCUUCGGGUGUUGUGAGAGUAUUACAUAGAAUUGAUGAAAAUAAAGUGGAACAUUUGUACGCAGUGAAGGAAUUACGGAAAAAAACGUCUGAGAGUUCGAAAGGAUACAUCAAUCGCCUUAUUGCAGAAUUCUACAUUUCAUCGUCUAUGCAACAUAUUAACAUCAUCAAAACAUUUGAUCUCUUACCUAUGCAUGAGACAUCACCUAUUUAUGGUCAAGUCAUGGAAUAUAGUGGAGGCGGUGAUUUGUUCGAUGUCUUGUACGACUCACCGGAUGGACUGGAUGUGAAUGAAGCCAAUUGCUUUUUUAAACAGUUAAUGUGCGGUGUUUGUUAUUUGCAUGAAAUGGGUGUAGCUCACCGAGAUUUGAAGCCUGAAAAUCUUCUUCUAACAACGACUGGAUGUCUAAAAAUAUCUGAUUUUGGGUCAGCAGCUUGUUUUAAAGAAGACAACGACGAUGACGAUGAUGAAGAAAGUGAUGAUGAUGACAAUGAUUGUAAUAAAAUACAUCUUGUACGUGGUUUAGUCGGAUCAGAACCUUAUAUUGCACCUGAAGAGUUUACGAAAAAAUCUUACGAUGCGCGACUAGUGGAUGUUUGGAGCUGCGGUAUCAUCUAUAUGGCUAUGAGAAAAUCGACGCACUUAUGGCAAGUAGCUAAAAGCGGAGAGGACGAGGCGUAUGACAAAUAUUUGAAAUUCAGACAGUUACUUGAUGAGGAGAGAGAAAAUGCAAGACGCGAGCACUCCAUGAGACGAAAGUUAGAAAAGACAUUAUCAGAGCAAGAUAGACUAGCUGAGCGAGCCAAGAGGGAAGCGGAUGUAGUAAAGGCAAGAGAGACGAUACGUAGAAAGGCAAGAGAUGCUGGCUGUUAUCAUUUUGAAGGAAUCGAUAUCCAUGCUAAAAAGGUCAUGUAUCGUAUAUUGGAUCCAAAUCCAGAAAAGCGUAUUACGGCAAGUGAGGUUUUACAAAGUGACUGGUGCCGUAAUAUCUACAGUUGUGUGCAAGCUGACAGCCAUUGUUAA